GUCGCAUGUCUCACACACCCAUUCCUCUCAACCCUUCCCCACCCCUCUCCCUCCCUUCCUCACUCCCUUCCUCCCUGACGUCCCCCUCUCCCGCCGCCCCGCCUCCCUCAAAAACCCGCCCCCUGGCCUCUCACCUAAGAAAACACCUGCCGCGGCCGGCAGAAGCGCCGGCAAACCUGAUGUAACCCCUGCUAAUAGGACACCUGGAAAGAAACCUGUCGUGGCGGGGAGCGGGGAGGGAGAUAGCAGCGGGCAGAGCAGCGAAGUUACCACACGGCGAACGGAGCACAGCCGACAAGCAUCAAGCAGCGUGGUACUGGGUGCUGGUGAUGCGGCGGCUGGCGGUGGUAGGAGUAGGAGCAGGAACAGCGCAGAUGCUGACUGUAGGAGCGUAGGAGCUAGUCAGACUCGCAGCGUAGAUGCUGCUAGGAUUAGCAUAGGCGGUAGCUCUAGAAACGGUGCUGACUCUAAAGGCUUAGGUGCGAGUAACCCUAGUAACGCAGGCGCUUCUGCUAAUAGCGGUUUGGGCGCCUGCAGUGGCUGUUUGUGCAGAACUAAGCGCAGCACUGCCAGCAGAAACGCAACGGCUGGUGGCGGCAGUGAUACCGGCGGGAGUGGGAACGAGAGCAUAAUCACCGACACUGACGGCUGUAGGGUAACUUCUAACACCGGCGAUGGGUUAACUACUAACACAGGUAGCGGCAGCAUUGCUUCCCACGCCAGCAACAGUUGCGGGAGAAAGAAACUCCCGAGCAGUGGUAGCAGCGGCAGGAGGAAGAGGCAGACCCGAGUGAAGCUGAGCAGAAAGCUGUUCCCCCAUCGGCCUGUCCCGGACCCUGAGAGACGUCUGGAGCAGCUUAGGUCUCUAGCUACCGCUCUGACAGCUAUCGGGGCGCGGUUCGUGGAUGGGUUGGAUUACCCCUUUAAAGCCGUGCCUAGGGGGAUGAACGAGCCAGGGAGGGAGGUGGGGGGGAUGCAGGUGCUGAGUCGGGAGAAUGUGGGUGUUUUGGAGCGGUGCAAAGAGAUGUGGAGGGACGGAGCGCCUCCUCCACUAAUUGUCAAGCACGACCCUUGCCAAGGCUUUGUAGUGGAAGCGGAUGCGCCUAUAGCGGAUCGCACGAUCGUCACGGAGUAUGGGGGGGUGGUGGACAGCAUGGCGCGGAGGCGACACGACCCCUGCGAUGCCAUGAUGGGGUUGCUGUUCACGGGGCGGGAUAAGACGGAUUUGUCCCUUGCUGCUGCCCCUCGUUAUUGCCUCCUUCACACUCAACCUCUUUCCCUCAUUACGGUCACCUUGUUUGUUCCCUUCCCCCUUUCCCCCCUGCUCUUCCAGAGAGGACUGGCGGUAACAUCAACCUUCGAAGAGGGUCGCAGGAAGAUCAACCUGCGCUGUGUUCGCUUCAGUGUGAAUGGGGAGGCCCGUGCACUGCUGAUUGCCACCCGGCGAAUUGCCAAGGGCGAAAGGCUUUACUACGAUUACAACCGCCUGGUGCAUGAGUAUCCCACCAUGCACUUUGAAUGA